AUUUGCGUUUCUUUUUCGACUCCCUUUGCCAUAUGGCCACACCGCGUGCCAUGGACCAGAAGACUCCUUCCAAUGAUCCCUCCACAGAGAAGACAGUCGCAGAGGAGAGAUUUGAGGAGGUGCUCAAGACUCCAGUGCGUCCUGGUAAGGGUACAAAGCGGAAGUAUCCCGACAACACUCCAGCCAGCACACCCUCAAGACCAGACGAUGGUGGCUCGGUGAAGAAGAGGCGACGUAGCUCGUCAUCUGGUACAGCCCUGAGUAGAAUGGGAUCACCGGCCACGUCCCUACUCAAACCCCCCCUGACUGAGAGACAACAAAUGGCUCUACUACUGCAGAUGACUGACCCCUCCAAGCAACAGUCACCAGGGUCCCCGGCAGUGGUGGUUGGUCCGGCAACCCCUGAGACCACGCCCAGGAGACUCCAACGUAAGAACGAGCGUGGAGAAAGCCCCCUUCACUUGGUGGCCAUCAAAGGUGACCUCAAGGGAGUGAGUACAUUACUCAGACAAGGGGCCAAUGUCAUGGCAACUGACCACGCAGGCUGGACUCCACUCCACGAGGCCUGUAACUAUGGACACAGUACAAUUGCCAGGGAACUGUUGUCCCAUGGUGCUGACGUUGGGAUAGCGGGGAUGGAUGGUGACACACCUCUACACGAUGCCGUCGGGAAUGGACACCUGGAGACUGUGCGAGUGUUGCUGCAGCAUGGGGGAAACCCCCAUCGUGCUAACGACAAGGGGCAUACUCCCAUCGAUAUCUGCACACAUCCAGGCAUCAUGGACCUCCUCAAGUCAUGUGAUCAGGACCACUCAGAGUCUAACAGUAACGAUGACAACCCUUGUCCUAAACGCAGGAACUCGAGUAACCACGACGACAAUGGUAUUGCCGAUAAAGACGAGUACUCUGCAGUGUUCAGCCCUGAGAGGCCACCAGUGACCACACCCAUUAGUAUGACCACACCCACUAUGCCGGUAAAGAAGACGAGACUGAGGGGUGUGUCAUUUAGUGAUAUCUCCUCAUCUGAGAGCGACCUCGAGACGGUGAUAGGUAACAAAGAGUGUGAGAAAGAUGGUCCCAAUAACAAGACAAACGUGGCAUUAUUGCCAAGAGAGGAAGCAAAGGUUGAAAUAAAAAUUGAAACAAACGAUAAAGGUCUUCAACAAAACUCCUCACCCCCGAAAGAAAUAGAUAGUGAUAAUCAGCUAACAGAGAUGACAGCCAGUUCGCUUCUUGAGGGGGAGGGGGAGAAUAUUACACCCCCUACCACACCCCCUGACAACAAGAUAGCUCAAGAGGAUGUUCCUAAAGUACGUGAGGACAAGGGCUCCCCUCCAUUAGAAGUCCCGGGGCUUAUUUCGAGUCAGAGUCCAGAAGCUGCUACUGAUGAGAUGGUGUUGUCAAUUCCCUUAUCCAUUGUCAAGGUAUCGUCAAGUGGACUCAGGACAAGAGAAAGCAGUGAAGACCCAAAAGAUGUGAUGUCACCAGGACUGCAGUCAGUUGCCAGUGAGCCCCCCAUGGACACUACAGACACAACGAAAACAACCCAGGAAGAGGCGGAGUCUGAGUCCUUUAACAUCAGUCUUGACUGGAACAACAUUAAAAGUUCACCACCUACCACACCCUCCCUGCACGUCACUCACGGACCAAUCAGAAUGCAGAGUGAGGACGGCUCAAGUUACAUAGCGACACCCAAUAGUGACCACACCCUACCGAUAGGAACUACACCCGAACAAAAUGAUACUGUCAUCUCAUACCGUACCUCUCUUCCUCUCGUCUUUUCCUGCCGCACCUCUCCACCCAUUGGGGGCGUAUCAAGACUACUGUCCAGCAAAUCAUUAUCAGGACCCCCGUCCCCCGAGGGCCCCAGGGCCGCUACCGCACACCUCAUACACGAGAACAGACUCAAGAGAUCGUACUCACAAGACUCUGUCUCUGUGCCUCCUAAAAUGAGGCAUCGUCCUGUGGUAAGGUCAGCAGUGGUACAGCAGAGGAAGAGCCACACCCCUAAAACUAACGAACAUGCGGACCUCCCCCUUUUCAUUCCAUCACAUGACCUCCAAUUACGAGAGCCCAUCACACCAAUCAGUCCAAAGGUGGUGUACCCCCCACUGCCACCCACCCUCCACAAGCAGUUCAGUGAGCAGGAAACUGAGAGAAUACGACUAGUGACUACUCAUCGUGUGGAACAGGAACGGCUACGUUUAUCUCUGAUUCAAGAAUUGUGCCGUGCUCAACAGAGAGCCAAGAAGGGCCCCGCCCCCCUCAGCGCAUGUACUCUCAUCCUUGAGAAGCUCCUCCCACUGUCCACGCCCAUUGAGUCACGGUACCUCAAGUUAGAGACUGAACAAAGGCCAGGAGAGGAUGACAUCGACUCUCGUCUGCUCUCUGGUCUAGUUCAAGAUGUGUGGGACAAGUUUCGAGAGCUCAAGUUCUCUCUCCUCUGUCGACAACGCCACGAGGCUGAGUCUCUCUGGCUGACACAGAGGGAGCAAUGGGUGUCUGCCGGGAGUGAGGAGAGUGUUGGAGGCCUCGUACAGACUGAUGUGCCCCACCCCCAUGUACCCCUGGUCUCCCCUAGCAACCUGACUCACUAGUUACAUGUAGCUAUUACUGUGUCCUUAUACAUUGAAUCUUACGAACUACAUGUUUUUUUGUCCCUAACGACCUUUUUUAGAAGCUAGCUGUGUGCUGUUACAUAACUUUUACAAAAUGUUUGGCAAAAUAGCAUUGUUUUGACAAUAAUUAACUUCAUUUGUUCAUAAUUUA